AUGUCAAAUGUUGAUAUAUCGAGUGAUGGCUUCAUCGGCCUGGAUUAUGACUCGAGGGGGUACAUUCCGCCUCAGUCAUGGCCUGUGGCGGUGGACCAGCAGACAUCCCACCGCGCGGAAGGAGGGCGAGAUAUGCCUCCCUUGCAAACCAGCGGUCACGCCUUCGAACAGUCGGUAUCUCAAGAUCCUAACCUGAUGGUGGACUGGCAAUUUCAACAUCUUCAACCCCACCUCCAGUACUCUCACGAGGAAGCCUCGUCCGCGCCGCAGUUUACGACCGCAAGUUACGGAAUGCCCCUCCAGACGUCGCCCGUCGAUCUGAUCUCGGGAACGCAGGCUCAGAUGAGCACGAGUCUUCUGGAUGGCCCUUACUUGCCCCUCUCUGCUCCCGUGGACAUGGUGCCGUUUCCCUAUCAGGACAUCCAGACUGAACUGAUGGCUUUUCCCUCGGAUCAUGGUCUCUCGGAGAUUUCAUAUGCUGCACCGCACAACAUGAUGGGCAGCAGUUCGCCCGCAGACACCUAUUUGGAGGUCCGGUCCUUGACUAGUUCGAGUAGCGACAAUGGCUGGAGCACCAUUGAGCCUCGCCGCUCUAACGAGUUCGCCUUCCCGGAGCAGGGCAUCUUUAUUAACCCGACCCAGACGCUCCAUGACAGAAGCCUCUCAGAGUCAUCUUAUUCGACAUCCUAUGGCAGCUUUGUAGACCUAGCAAAUCCUGUCAACUCGCCCAGUUCAGAUACCAAUUUUGAAUCGGCCUUCAACAACUCAGUGAACCGUCGGGUUUCUUACGACCAUACGUCUCAUGGUUCGCAGUCUCCUACUGCAGUUAGUCCUGUGGCAAUUGUCCGGCCUAUCCCCGUUCCCAUAAAGAAACCCUCGUCGCCCAUUCGCUCCGCUGCAUCGCAGUCUUCGUCCGCGUCUCCUCCGAGCCGGAAACCCUCGCGAAAGAGUCCCAUUGCCGCAAAGACCUCCGAGACAAAGGUUCGCAAACAGUCGCAAAAUGGGAAGCCUGAAACCGAGAAGCGUGUUGGAAAACGGAAGGGCCCUCUGAAGCCGGACCAGCGGAAACAGGCUAGUGAAAUCCGCAAGUUGAGAGCAUGCUUGCGUUGCAAAUUCUUAAAGAAGACUUGCGACAAAGGCGAGCCCUGUGCUGGUUGCCAGCCUUCUCAUGCUCGGUUAUGGCAGGUCCCUUGCACACGGAUCGAUAUUAAGGAGAUUGGGUACUUCAUGAAGGACUGGAAAGCGGACUACGAGCGCCAUGUUAACCUUGGAUUCUCAGUGGGAAAUAUCAAGGGAUUCUCCGACACUGAAAGGACCCUCUUCAUCACUCAUGGAUACGGGCAAGUUCUUCCGAUCAAUGCCCGCGAGGUCUACGUGCGUGAUGAGCAGUGCUUCAGUAUCGAUUGGGUUGAAUCGAUUCACCGCGAGCCCACCCAGUACGAGGUGGAGACCGCCAAACUGUCUGCCGGAAUGGAGGGCGUUUCGCAUGCCAUGCUGUCUGAUUAUUUGGACCGUCAUAUCGACGGCAAUGGCACCUUUGAAAAGUUUGUCGAUGACUACUUCGAGGGUACGCCAUUCCUCACGCAAAUGCUGAAGACCGCCUUUCGUUACUAUUUCCGCACGAAAUUACCGGUCAUCCGGAAAGCCUUGAAACUCAUCAUUGCCUACAACCUGACCCUCCAUGUUACCAUGGUGGAAGGAUUAGGCGAGGAGGAAGGUUUCGUCGGAAAGAUCCAGGACGAAUCGUCGAAAUUCAAAGGCAAAACAAUGGCGCCAGUGAUGAUCAACUUCCAAAUAAAGUGUGCCAUGGCCAAUAUGUGGCGUGAGCUACAGAAAGACGUUCUGGAGGAGCUUUCUAGCCUCUACUCCAGCGUAUACAGCGGAGAUAAACUGAAGAACUGGCCAACAAUCUUCGUUCUGGCGUCGAUACUGCUGGCAGUCUGGGAAGAGAUGCAGUUCGAUUGCCAUUACCGCACUCCAGAUGCUGCUGCAGUAGAAAAGUUUUGUAACGACAUGGAGACGACCCCCGUUGGCGUUAUUGUUGGCUUGUUCCAGGCUAUCUCUCAGAAACUGCCCGCGUUCACUGACUGGGAGACUCAAAAACACCACCACCUACUGCACUCGAACCCUGAUGUUUGCAACGCCAUGACUGAGGUCCGUCAGCAUGUUACGCAAUUUGAGAGCUAUCUCCGUAGUCGUUCCGGUUCUAAAUUCAACCGCAAUGACUUCGACUGUUUAUCCAACAAAUUUAUUUCAAGACUUGUGAUACGUGCAAAUUAA